AUGGCCUCACCUUCUCCCCCAGACCAUAAAUAUCCAGGGAUCCGCAUCGAGGGCAAGCGCAGCACAUCCCCUUCUUCGCCGGGCCGCCGCAUGACCGCAGCCCGCACCUUCCCGCCGGGAGCCCUCAUCGCCACCUUCACCGACCCGCUCGUCGCCAUCCCCGCCGGCCCCGCCGCCAAACACACCUGCGCGCGGUGCCUCUCCACAGCCGCCGCCGCCGCCGGCACGACGCUCAAGGCCUGCACGGGCUGCCGCGCCGUCGCCUACUGCGGCACGGCCUGCCAGAGGGCGGACUGGUCCGGCGGCGGCGGCGGCGGCGCGGCGCACAAGGCCGAGUGCCGGGCGUUCAAGCGCGUGCGCAGCAAGGUGCAGCAGGACUGGCUGCCGACGCCCGUGCGCGCGCUGGUGCAGCAGCUGCUGCGGCUCGAUGCCGAUGCCGAUGCCGAUGCGGGAGGCGGCGGAGACGCGGCGAGGGAGGAGCUGGGCCGGCUGGAGGGCAACGUCGCCGGGUUCCGGGCGGGCCGGGUGUGGAAGGACCUGGAGAUGCAGGCGCUGGCCGGGUGCACGUACGCCGGGUGGGAGACGAGCGAGGAGAACCUGCGGCUGGCGGCCGAGUUGCUGUGCAAGAUUCAGACCAACUCGUUUGACAGAUCCGACCCGGAUGUAGGUCAGACCGGGACGUUUUUGGACUCUACUCUGGCCAUGGUUAAUCACUCUUGUGUUCCCAAUGCCAUUGUGGCCUUUUCCGGAAGGAAAGCUUUCCUCAGGGCCGAGGAGGAGAUCAAGGAGGGAGACGAGAUCACCAUCUCAUACAUCGACUACACCAAGCCCAAGAUCUUCAGACAGCACGGGCUCGAACUCUACCAUUUCGAGUGCACCUGCCCGCGGUGCAAGGACGACCUGGACGUCUACCAGGUCUUCCAGCGCUCGCCCCUGAUCCCGCUCAACUCGUUCAGCUUCGUCCCCAACACCAAGAAGCUGCGCAAGACGCCCAUCGACUCCAAGGUCGCCCAGGACCCGGCGUUCCGGGCGCAGAUCGAGAAGAUCUACGUGGCCUGCUCCCCGGAGGCCCGCGUCGCCCCCGAGCAGCGGUUCGCCAACCUGUGCCAGCAGUGGCAGCACUGCGAGCCCCUCGUCAGGGAGCAGAUGUGGGCCGUCGAGCCGCUGGCCAACGUCUUCCAGCAGGCCAUCAGCUACUUCACCGAGCAGGGGAACUUCCUCCACGCCCUGGCCGUGGAGUGCUUCGUCGCCAUCCGCAGCGACCCGUACAAAUACGCCGCCCCCUUCAAGCAGUGGCGGCUCAAGGGCCUGCUAAUGAUUGCAAAGACAAUUACCAACACCGAGCUGCCGACGGGCCAGGCGCAGGGCCAGGCGCAAGUGCACCCGGGUGUGGUCGCCGCCUUUGAGAAGGCGGACUUGAGCUCGCUUUACCAGGCCAUCCUGCUCAUGACGCUCAAGUACGGAGAGCAGGCGCAUUCCGAUGAGUGGAGCAUUCUGGCCGAGGCAAAGGCCAUGUUGGAAGACAUCGAGAGCCUGGACCAGCGCAAGGAGGCGAGCAUCAUCCUCCACGAAUGGGCCGACAACCCAGAGCACCCCCUGGCGCAGUCCUUCUUCCGGGACAGGGCCGUCAAGCCGGUCGAGGAGCUGGCUGGCUUCGCGAUCGAAAUCAUGAAGGCCGAGUUCGGCUCUGGUAAGGCCUUGGUGCGUAGAUGA